AUGGCAGCCACUGUGCUUGGUCUCCUCGCGCUGCUGGCCGUGCCGGCGGUGGCAGAUUUGUUCCCCGAUUGUGUCCAUGGACCUCUUGCAAACAAUACUGUGUGUGAUACGUCUGCAUCGGUGGCAGACAGAGCCAGGGCGCUCAUUGGAGCCAUGACUCUCGAUGAGAAAUUCAAUUUGACAGGCAACACUUCCCCAGGAGUGCCACGUCUGGGAAUCCACAGCUAUCAAUGGUGGCAGGAAGCAUUGCACGGCGUGGCCAGCUCUCCAGGCGUGACCUUCAACCAAAAUGGAGAGUGGUCUUAUGCGACGUCCUUCCCACAACCAAUCCUGAUGUCGGCAGCGUUUGAUGAUGCGUUGAUUCACGCUGUCGCGACUGUUGUCAGCACCGAAGCACGCGCAUUCAACAAUGCCAACAGGAGUGGACUGGACUACUGGACACCCAAUAUCAACCCGUACAAAGAUCCACGCUGGGGCCGCGGGCAAGAGACUCCGGGAGAAGAUCCUUUCCAUCUCAAGUCUUAUGUUGCUUCCCUGAUCAAUGGUCUCCAAGGUGGCCAUGACCCAGCGAUCAAGAAAGUGGUUGCCACUUGCAAGCAUUUCGUCGCGUAUGACCUGGAGAACUGGGAGACCACAGAUCGAUACAACUUCGACGCCCAAGUUACCACUCAGGAUCUUGCCGAGUACUACAUGCAGCCGUUCCAAACCUGUGCGAGAGACGCCAAUGUCGGCUCGAUCAUGUGCUCCUACAACGCCUUGAAUGGCGUGCCCACCUGCGCCGACCCGUACAUCCUGCAAACUAUUUUGAGAGAACAUUGGAAUUGGACAGGCGAGGGCCAGUAUGUGACCUCUGAUUGCGACGCAAUUCAAAAUAUCUACAUGCCGCACGACUAUACAACGUCUCGAGAGCAAGCCGUCGCCGACGCCUUGAAAGCAGGGACUGAUCUCAACUGCGGUACAUACUAUCAGACACACCUUCCUGGAGCGUAUGAAAGGGGGCUGUUCAAUGAAAGCGUGCUCGACCAGACACUGACCCGUCUUUACUCUUCUCUGAUACGCCUGGGAUAUUUUGAUCCGGCAUCUGCCACUCCGUAUCGCUCCCUCGGCUGGCAGAAUGUGUCGACCCCAGCCUCCGAAGCCCUUGCAUUGAAGGCGGCCGAGGAAGGCAUUGUGCUCCUCAAGAAUGACGGCACGCUGCCGUUGUCUUUGCCAUCAGACAGGAACACCACCAUCGCUCUGUUUGGUGAAUGGGCAAAUGUGACGACGCAGAUGCAAGGCAACUACUAUGGCCAGGCGCGGUUCCUUCAUGGGCCACUCUACGCCUUGCAGCAAUUGCCUCACGUCAACAUCAAAUACACCAGCAGCCAGAGCAGCAUCAACUUCCCUACCACAGAUAACUGGGAUGACCUGAUCUCGGCUGCGGAAGAGGGCGACAUCGUGAUCGUUGCAGACGGCAUCAACGAUGACGACGAAAGCGAGAGCUUGGACCGGUACGACAUCAGCUGGGCCCCAGGAAAGAUCGAUCUGAUCAACCAGGUCACGGCGAUGGGCAAGCCGGUCAUCUUGCUUCAGAUGGGUGAUCAGCUCGACGACACUCCCUUCUUGAACAACCCCAACAUCUCGGCCAUCGUAUGGGCCGGCUAUCCAGGCAUGGCUGGAGGCGAUGCUCUUGUCAACAUCAUUACGGGCAAGGUGGCGCCGGCAGGAAGACUCCCUGUCACGCAGUACCCUGCCAACUACGUUGAACAGGUCGCCAUGACAGACAUGAACCUGAGGCCCAACGCCUCGUCCGGAAACCCUGGCAGAACAUACAAAUGGUACGACAAUGCUGUUCUCCCGUUCGGAUAUGGCUUGCACUACACCAACUUUAGUCUCACGGCGGUCCAGCCCAAGCAGUCAAGCUUCAACAUCUCCAAGCUGGUGUCUAGCUGCGACCGCUCGACGUACAAGUACCUCGACCUGUGCCCCUUCAGCACGUUCGAGGUCAAUGUCACCAACACGGGCAGAGUGGCGUCCGACUUUGUAACGUUAGGGUUUAUCAGUGGCCAGAAUGGGCCUGCCCCCCAUCCCAUCAAGGAACUGGUUGCGUACCAAAGACUGUUCAACAUCACCCGUGGGUCGUCGAAGACGGCGGCGCUGGAUUUGACGCUGGGCAGUCUCGCGCGGCGAGAUGAGAAUGGAAAUCAAAUCCUAUACCCUGGAGACUAUGGAUUGCUGUUGGAUGUGCCGACGCAGGCGAUGGUGAACUUCACCCUGACAGGGAGUCCAGUGACACUGGAUCAGUGGCCGCAGAGACCCGCCAGUGGGUGAAGGAUGAAAAGGAUGCCGGAAGGGACGGAGCGAGGGAGACUUGGAAGAUGCAUAUGCGUGAUUGAUAGAUGAUAGCUACCAAUGUGGGUGGCAUAGGAUUGCACAUGCUUGAGGGCACUAGCAUUUGGGAUGGCUUUGGGCUUCGCUAAAUAGACGGGGCUGUGGCUUAUGCCUGCCUAGGUACCUAAGGG